AGAAGGUUCUGCCGGUUCUUCCAGCUCUCGGUACCCGGCUCUUCGUCGCAUCACCAUGAUGGGCCAUCGUCCCGUGCUCGUGCUUAGCCAGAACACAAAGCGUGAAUCUGGAAGAAAAGUUCAGUCUGGAAACAUCAAUGCUGCUAAGACUAUUGCAGAUAUCAUCCGAACGUGUUUGGGACCCAAGUCCAUGAUGAAGAUGCUUUUGGACCCAAUGGGAGGCAUUGUGAUGACCAAUGAUGGCAAUGCCAUUCUUCGAGAGAUUCAAGUCCAGCAUCCAGCAGCCAAGUCCAUGAUUGAAAUUAGCCGGACACAAGAUGAAGAAGUUGGAGAUGGGACCACAUCAGUAAUUAUUCUUGCCAGGGAAAUGUUAUCUGUGGCUGAGCAUUUCCUAGAACAGCAGAUGCACCCAACAGUGGUGAUCAGUGCUUACCACAAGGCAUUGGAUGAUAUGAUCAGCACUCUAAAGAAAAUCAGUACCCCCGUUGACAUCAAUAACCGUGAUGUCAUGCUAAACAUCAUCAACAGCUCUAUUACUACCAAAGCCAUUAGCUGGUGGUCCUCUUGCAACAUUGCCCUGGAUGCUGUCAAGACCAUACAGUAUGAAGAGAAUGGUCGGAAGGAGAUUGACAUCAAAAAAUAUGCAAGAGUGGAAAAGAUACCUGGGGGUAUCAUUGAAGACUCAUGCGUCUUACGUGGAGUCAUGAUUAACAAGGAUGUGACCCAUCCACGAAUGCAGCGCUACAUCAAGAACCCUCGGAUUGUGUUGCUGGAUUCUUCUCUGGAGUACAAGAAAGGGGAAAGCCAGACUGACAUUGAGAUUACACGAGAGGAAGACUUUACCCGAAUCCUCCAGAUGGAAGAAGAGUAUAUCCAGCAGCUCUGUGAGGACAUUAUCCAGCUAAAGCCUGAUGUGGUUAUCAUGGAAAAGGGCAUCUCAGAUUUAGCUCAGCACUACCUCAUGCAGGCCAAUAUCACAGCAAUUCGUAGAGUCCGGAAGACAGAUAAUAAUCGCAUUGCUAGAGCCUGUGGUGCCCGGAUAGUUAGCCGACCAGAGGAACUGAGAGAGGAUGAUGUUGGAACAGGAGCAGGCCUGUUGGAAAUCAAGAAAAUUGGAUAUGAGUACUUUACAUUCAUCACCGAGUGGAAAGACCCCAAGGCCUGCACCAUUCUCCUUCGGGGGACCAGCAAAGAGAUUCUUUCAGCCAAGCAUACCCGGGAGAACUGUGAGACUUGGGGCAUAAAUGGUGAGACUGGAACAUUGGUGGACAUGAAAGAAUUGGGCUUAUGGGAGCUAUUGGCCGUGAAGCUGCAGACAUAUAAGACAGCAGUAGAGACGGCAGUUCUGCUACUACGGAUUGAUGACAUCGUGUCAGGCCACAAAAAGAAGGGCGAUGACCAGAGCCGGCAAGGCAGGGCUCCUAAUGCUGGCCAGGAGUGAGUGCUGGGCAAAGUGACUUCAAUGCACAAAACCAGCAAAGUCUCCCCCUUUCCUGAGCCAGAGUGCCAGAAACACUGUGGACGUCUUUGUUUGGAAGGGAUCAAAUUGAGGGGCAGUCCCCAGUCCCUUUCUGUCCCAGCUCAGUUUGCAAAAAGCACUGACAUGUAAUUUUUCUCUAUUGUUAGUUUUCCAUUUAGUUUGCUUCCGAUGAUUAAAUCUUAAGUCAUUUGAAAAA